AUGAAGAGUCCCAAGAGCCUCCUCUCCCGCCUCACCCCAUUCCUGGCUCAACCAGCUUUCUCUCGGGCUGCAUCCGGCUUGCUCGAUGUCUGUCAUGACUUGUCCAUUGACUACAACGGUGGCGUGCUGUCCGGAAUAUGCCACGGCACCGGAGAUCCCAAGCUGACCUCGGUCGACCUCAACCGGUGUCUGGGAUGGGGCCCUAGAAAGGCCAACCUUGGCCUGGGCGGACGCGCAUGGGGGCUGGCCCCUGCACAAGAUGCCGCCUCCGCCAGCCAUUGCAGACUAUGCUCUAUUGUCAACAAGGACGAGCGCGACCAGGGCGUCGCCCACCUGCUCUGCGACUGCGACCUCAAUGGCUCGGAUGCCAGACCGGAAGGGUACUCUCUUGACCUUGGAGGCUUGGUGGCCGUCACUGAAGAGGGCUGCCUCGAAUGCUUGGGUGUCACUGGUGAUUGUGCCCGCCAGGCUCCAUCUCCGACCAUCCUUGACUCUUCGGCCGAACAGGGCCUUGGUGGAGGAGCAGCAGACUUGAUCGGGCUCAGAGAGCGGGCAAUACCUUGUGAAGACUCCAUCCAAAACUACAAGCGCCUGCUCCCACCCACUUAUCCAAACACGACCCACUACAGAUGCAGGCAAGACCACGCGCUCUGCUGCUACCAGAAGCCGGCAAGAGGCUCGAGAUUCAACACAUACUUCGAAGCCUUUCAACUCAUCAGAGGCAGAAAUUGCGUCUACAGACUCCAUUUCGUGAUCGACAGACAAAGCUUGGAGAUCACAGGCAAGCUGAGCUGGGUAGCCCAAUUCUGCGACCCGACUCAAACCAAUGAUUGGGGUGAAUGCGAAGGGGAAACGCAGCUCGACGAGGUCCCCGACCUGCCCGAGGACUACAAUGGCCGGAAUUCCCUCGAGGAUUCAGAAGAGCUUGUGUAUGACGAUGAUGAUGAUGAUGACAGCAGUGAGCAUGGAACAAAGUAA